AUGCGAAAUAAUUUGGUGAUUUCUAUGUUUGUGAUUGUGUUAAUUGCCUUCGCUUUGCCAACAGAAGGUAAACGUAUAUCUCUAGUACCCAUCACUGCCAACGAAGUGUACCGUAUACUACGUGAAGUCGGUCGUGAGGAUGCUGUGCCCGAAGGCCGUGUGGUCACCCAAGGCAUUGCUGCGGUAUCUGGCUUUGCAGUUGGCCUAGCAAAAGGCAUUGGCGGCUCAUUGCUGGUAGAUUUGGCUGCUAAUCUAUUAGCGUCAAAUCAGAAUCAAACAAUGCAAACUCAAGAAAUUUGUUUCAACAGUCGCAGUUUGGAUGUGGACAUCGAGGCCGAUGACGACGACGAUGUGCGACCACAAGGCAGACAGACUACCGUUACUACCUUAUCUUCACCCUAUUCAACUACCACCGGUAAUGGUGUGGUAAUGUCUGAUGGUGAUGGGACAAAUUCUGAAACGGGUACAACAACACAAACGGAUGGGGAGUCGAUAAAUUGUGUGGUUGUGAAGCAGCCGCCGACUGUGGCUACGGGUUAAAAGUUGAAAAUGUAGCA